GGUUGGCCUGGCAACGCUAGGUUGUUGUAGCUUUGCUGCGUAUUAGACUUCUCCAGAGGUUGGCAUCUGUGUUGUUUAGUAUUCAUUGACGAUGUUUGAUGCCCCCCUUCGCUCUUUGGGUGCGAAAGUGGUCGUGGCGACCUCCAACGAUGAGAACCACCCAUCAGAAAACAUAAUUGACGGAAACACAAAAACCUUCUGGAUGUCCACCGGGAUGUUUCCUCAAGAGUUCAUCAUUCGCUUUGCUGAAAUGACAAAUGUUUCUUCGGUGACAUUUGACAGCUACAACGUCCAACACCUACAAGUGGAAAAGAACACAUCAGAGAAUGCCUCUCACUUUGAGUUUGUGGCGGAGAAAGAGUUCAAACACACCGAGGGACAUCUUCAGUCAAAUUCUAUUUCGCUAAACGGAACCACUGCAACUCACCUUCGCUUUAUCAUCGCCUCAGGAUAUGAUCACUUUGUCUCGGUGCACAGAGUCAGUGUGCAGAAGUGACACGCGCUUUUGCUGUUUCGUAAAUUCACCUAAACAUCACCAUGGAGUUAUUGAGUCUGUUUCGCUGAUUGGAGAGCUAACUUCCGCAGCCAGUGUGGUCCAUGACGAUGACUUCUGUUUUGUUUGAUGCGCCGUUUUACAGACACUGUUUGGAAACAAUUAAGGUAUGUAAAUAAACAACAAUACCAAAUAUUAUUUUAUUAAAAAAAACAAGCAAAAACACUGACAGGGUGUUUUAUUUUUUAUGCUGUGGUGCCAUCUUUUGGACAAAUUCGCUCACUGCAGGUGCUGCAGCGUCCUUCCAUUUAUCGGUAGUGCUUCUUAUUUUUAUGGAUUCUUCAUUCUUUACUCCACGCGAUGUUUGUAAGUUUUACAAUAUAACUACAACAAUUGUUACUUGCUAAACUGUCCCAUGUGUGAUGUCUGUCGGAGUGUUUCCAUGCAUAUUUGUACGUGCUAUCGUAAUGUAAUCAAGCUAGCGUCGUUAGCAUUGGCUAAUAUUCUAACACGUCUACGAGUGUCUGUGUUAGUAUUAUUAACUUACAAACUGCAUUCUUUUUGUAUUGAUUCAGUUUUGUCACCAUGGAGUUAUUGAGUCUAGCUGAUUAGAGAGCUAGCUAGUGUGGUCCAUGGCGAUGACUUCUGUUUUGUUUGAGCAUCCGUUUUACUGCCGUGUUACAGACACCGUUUGGAAACAAUUAAGGUAUGAAAAUAAAUAUUUACAUAAUAUUUCUGUGUAAAUAACUAAUUUCACAACGUAUAUAUAUGCGGUUUAUAGUCCGGAGCGACUAAUAUAUGGAAAAUGCAUUUUUAUUCUAUAAUUUUGUGGGUGCAGCUUAUAUCCCGGUGCGCUCUAU